AUGGAAGCAGCUCCUCUUUAUGUUCUUGUCUGUACUUACUUGAACUACUUUGUCUUGAUUCUUUUUGGCCACUUGAGAGAUAUUCUUGGUAAACUGUUCAAGCCUGAAGACUAUUCUCACUUGAGAAUGAACCAAGGCUAUGCUCCUCUUGUUUCCGAUUUUGAUUCCUUUUAUACCAGACGGCUUUAUAUUCGUAUUCGUGAUUGUUUCAAUCGCCCCAUCACUGGCGUUGCUUCUCGUACAGUCAAACUUCUCGACCGAGUCUCUUCUGAUUUCAAUAGAACGUUUAGAUUGACAGGCACAGCAACAGAAACGCUCAACUUUGCAUCUUACAACUACCUUGGAUUCUCUGAUAAUACCGGCCCUUGUGCCGAUGCUGUCGAACAUGCCACAAAGGAACACGGUAUUACAGCAGUCAGCCCCAGAUCGGAAGUAGGUACAACACAGCACGUUCAAGAAUUGGAACGCAUGGUUGCUCGCUUUGUUGGAAAAGAGGAUGCUAUGUGUGUCAGCAUGGGUUUUGCUACCAAUUCGACCACUAUCCCUGCUCUUGUUGGUAAAGGCUGUCUCGUUAUCUCUGACGAACUCAAUCACUCAUCCAUCGUUUUCGGUGUCCGAUUGUCCGGUGCUUCUGUUCGUGUGUUUAAACAUAACAAUAUGGAUGACCUGCGUGAAUUACUCCGCGAAUGUAUCUCUCAAGGUCAACCUCGUACACAUCGUCCUUGGAGAAAGAUUUUAGUCAUUGUCGAAGGUUUAUAUUCAAUGGAAGGUACAAUUGUUAACCUUCCUGAAUUGGUUGAACUAAAAAAGGAAUUCAAGUUUUAUUUGUAUGUGGAUGAAGCACAUUCUAUUGGUGCCCUAGGUGAAAAUGGUGGUGGUGUUUGUGAUUUCUAUGGUAUUGAUCCGGCAGAGGUUGAUAUCUUAAUGGGUACCUUCACCAAAUCGUUUGGCGCCGCUGGUGGUUACAUUGCUGGAGAUAAAGCUAUUAUUGAUCACUUACGCUUGCGUAACCAUGCUUAUAACUACGCUGAGCCCAUGUCUGUUCCUGUCACUCAACAAGUUAUUACCUCUAUGAAAAUUAUAUGUGGUGAGGAUGGUACUGACAUUGGACGUAAAAAGAUUAAGCAAUUGGCAGAAAAUUCACUCUAUUUUAUUGAACGUUUACGAGAGAUGGGAUUCAUUGUUUACGGAGAUCAAGGAAGUCCUGUGAUCCCCUUACUUUUGUUCAACCCCGCCAAGAUUCCUGCAUUUUCUCGUGAGCUCUUGAAGCGAGGCAUUGCUGUUGUUGUUGUUGGAUAUCCUGCUACUCCCAUCAUUACUUCUCGUGCACGUUUCUGUAUAUCCUCUGCUCAUACAAGGGAAGACCUUGAUAAAGCUUUAGAAGCUAUUAGUGAAGUUGGAGAUACCCUACUUCUUAAAGUUAGUAAUGAACCUUGUAGAAGAUAA